AGUAUCCAGCAAAAACAGAAGGAAGGCAGGCAGGCAGGCAGGCAGGCAGGGAUAAUAGAAAGAGAGAAAACAAAUACCAGUAGUAUAGCAGUAAGCAUGUAGCGGUGAAAGAAGAAGGGUCCAAAACACUAACAAUCGAUUCCCCCACCAAUUCCCAGCAAACCACUGUUUCUGAGGAUGAUGAAAUAGAAUAUUCGAUCAAACCAGAAUUCUUGACCCAGAGCUUGAUGAUAAAGAUGAAUUAUGGGUUCAGAAUAAAAGGAAGGGCCGUAUUUCUGAUGCUGUGCUUAGCUGUCCUGCUUGUUAUACCACCCUCUGCCUUGAGUGCCAAAGAUUCUAUUUUUGUUCGUGGUAUCAUCGAGAAGUUUGUGCUGGGAUCAACAUGUGCAUUUGUUCUUGCCAUAACUAAGCUUAAUUUGUGCCUUGCACGCAUGAAAAAUAUGACUCAAUACAGGGCAAUUUUUGUUGUAAACUGCAAGAUUGAAAAUGAAAAAGUCAGGCAAGAAAGGGUAAAACCAAAAAAAAACAAGAGAGGAAGAGAAUCUAGUGAGAAUGAAGCAGUUGCUGCUGGUGGGGAAGUAUUCAAGCCAGUGUGCUGUUCUCUCUGCUCAACGGAGGUUGGUGUCAUUGAUGAAGAUGAGAUCACUUUUUCAAUGUUCUUCCAAGUGAAUUUUGAAUCUUGACUCUCAAUUGCUGAGGCUGCAAAAUAGUUCACUGAAACUCAUUUUUAGUGCUAGACAAGGAAAUUUUACCUGAAAUUGACUAUACUAACAUUAUCAUUGCCUGCUUUGUUUCUCUCCCUCCAUUUAAAACACGUCGGGGUGGUUCUGUUCUGCCUAGGGAGAUGAGGAGAAAGUUUGUUGGUCAUGAAUGAUGUAAUGUAAAUGUUGUUUCAAUAGGACAUGGGAGGCUCUCCCCCUCCCAAUCCAAAAUGAGCAGGGAUCUAUCUUGCAUUUACAAGGAGUAUGCUGCUUAAUAAUUGAAUAGCAAGUGAUUGAUCAGUGUUAUUUAUUACUAGUAUAUGAUUAUUAUUGAUAAGUGUUAUUUGUUACUAGCAUAAGGAGUAUGCUGCAAGAAAAAAUUGAUUUAUGUCUUUUUUUUUUUUUUGGUAGCCUUCAUUCAGUUGAACCCUUGCAUUCUUUCCCCAUAAUGAGGGGGAAACUCCUGAUUUGUGCCUUAAAUCUUCAUCUCUGGGUCCAAGGCUCAGGCCACUGAUCAGGUAACUCUAUAGGGAGGAUUUCUAGUACAAGG